GUCCCGAUUUGUGUGCGCAGCGCGUACCCAGACCCGCCAGGGCGGGUAUCUUGGCACGGGCUUCUUUACGCCGUGGCCCUCGUGCAUUCGGGGGCUUUGUGUCGCGUGUAACUGUCUAGCUGGCGCCUAGGAACUCUUGCCUCCGGCUCCUCGGCUCGCUCAGUUCCUUCUCCAUCGCAGCCCAGCAGCGAGACGCGUGCCGCCAGUUACUCGGGGGAUGGAGCGGACCGAGGUGCUAAAGCCCCGCACCCUGGCCGAUCUGAUCCGCGUCCUGCACCAGCUCUUCGCCGGCGAGGAGAUCAACGUGGAGGAAGUGCAGGCCGUCAUGGAAGCCUACGAGAGCAACCCCGCCGAGUGGGCAGUGUACGCCAAGUUCGACCAGUACAGGUAUACCCGAAAUCUUGUGGAUCAAGGAAAUGGAAAGUUUAAUCUCAUGAUUCUAUGCUGGGGUGAAGGACAUGGCAGCAGUAUCCAUGAUCACACCGACUCCCACUGCUUUCUGAAGAUGCUGCAGGGAAAUCUAAAGGAGACAUUGUUUGCCUGGCCUGACAAGAAAUCCAAUGAGAUGAUCAAGAAGUCUGAAAGAAUCUUGAGGGAAAACCAGUGUGCCUACAUCAACGAUUCCAUUGGCUUACAUCGAGUAGAGAAUAUUAGCCAUACAGAGCCUGCCGUGAGCCUUCACUUGUAUAGUCCGCCUUUUGACACAUGCCAUGCCUUUGAUCAAAGAACAGGACAUAAAAACAAAGUCACCAUGACAUUCCAUAGCAAAUUUGGAAUCAAGACUCCAUUUACAACUUCAGGAUCCCUGGAGAACAACUAAGGGGCACCAGGCCCUCUGAGGUUUUACUUUAAGGUCCAACGAAUUCCGCCUUGGACAGGAAGGUCUGCUACCACUUGCCUGUCCAGUAAUACAUUUUACAAGGCCAAUAUUAGAUCUACCAUAAGGCAGAUGCUAAUUUUAAGGCAUUAAGUAAGCAAAUAGUGCCCCGAGCUACUAGAGAAGAAAAAUCCCACUAAAGAUAAAAAGGCUUAUGAUUUUCAAGGUCAAAUCAAGCUCCACUCAUUUUACCUGCUAAACCCAUCAGAACCAUGCUAGGAAUGUCAGUGAUGGUUUUUAUAGUUUUUGGAAACACUUUGGUCUCUGGAUUGUAAUUAGCAAUAAAUAAAAGCAAGAUAUCAAACCUCCCGCCUUGUUACUUGGAAGGCUAAAUGUAGAUGUCUUCAAUAUACUUUAUAUGUUCUUAAUAUUUGAGGAGAACUUUUUGAAUCUGUGCAUUUUAUUUUUCCAAUCUUAUUUUACAAAUUCCUGUUCUAUAAAUAAUAGAGUAGUAGAUAGAGAAACUUAAGGCACUUUGCCAUUUGGUAAUUAAAUGAAGGGCAGAAGAUUUCAAAAAGUACAUGUACCCAAACCCACAACAAACUAAAACUAUGAACUCAAUGUCUAAUCUAUCUGGUGGUCAGAGACUUUGUACUGCUGCCAGAAUUGCCAAAUAAUUUUAAUAAAGUUGGGUUUGAACAUAA